AUGGCGGAUAGUAUGGUAGAAGCGCUUAUCGGUUCGACAGUAGCCAUGAUAUGUGUCACCACCUUGGUUAUUUCGAUACGGAUGGCUGUAAGAACAAGUCUCAGAACUUGCGGCCUCGAUGAUGUUCUUAUUACUGCUAGCUGGGUGCGCAAAAUUAACUUGGCUUUACGUACUGUGCGCAAACAUGAUUUAACAUGUAAUGAUCUGCAGGUUUUUGCGAUGGCCAUGUUCACUGCAACUAUGAUCUCGACCCAUUCAGGAUUUGGCAGACAUCACCAAGAUGUCAAUAUUUCCGACUACGAGCAGUUUCUCAAAGUGCAUAAUCACUUCUAUGGCCGACAGUUGACUAUCGCGACUUCGGCAACGUACAGCUAUGGUCUGGCUCUUGCCAAGAUGUCCUUCGCCGUUCUUUACAUACGAAUGCUGCCAGAUAGAAGACUGGUGAUGAUGAACAAGGCCAUCAUCCUCUUCCUCUGCUGUCAGGCCAUCGAAGAGAGCCUCAUCCCAAUAUUCCAAUGUAACCCGAUCGCGAAAGCCUGGACGGUCGGCAUGGAAGGGAGUUGUCUUGACCUCCCUGUUCUCUGGUGGAGCGGACCCAUUCCUACGUUAUGGAAUUUACAACUGCCACUCGUGAAAAGACUUGGACUAAUCGCCAUGUUGUCACUGGGUCUACUAGUUGUCGCUAUUUCUGUUAUCCGUAUGCACUCCGUUACCGAGAUGGGCAUCGAUGAUACACCUGACAAAACCGCCAAAGAUGAUCUUGCAACACCAAUAUUGUGGUCUGAAGCAGAGAUCAGCACCUUGAUUGUCUGUUCAUGUGUGCCCUCCUUACGAAAGGUUGUCCAAAAACUGCCAUGCUUGUCUCAGCCAUUUGGUAUACCUAGCAUCGAUACGCCACCACGAGCCAUUAAAACCAUUGGUCAAACGAGACAAAAACGACGAUUUCCAUCGAAGUGUGGCAGUGGCCAGGAGAGAUACUGCACUAUCGGGUCAGAUUCUACUAGUAGGACCCUAACGUAUCCUCUCAGUGUACUGAGCCGGCCUCUCAAAGCUUCGGACACGGCAAGCGAGGGUCCGCAAGAAACGCUACGCACUAAUGCUGGUAAUGACGGCAAUAGCAUUGGCAAUCUGCAGAAACGUGACCUGAAGCUGGACUACGACGUGGAACGCGAUGCAGGAGAUGUAGUCGGCAUACCCGAAGAGAUGUUCUUCCCUACAGGAAAUUUGAAUGAGAAAGUCAGAAGUGAGAGCAAAUAGACAUAGAAAUCAUAACAAGAAACGCAUCAUGGCCGUGUCGGAUCCGAAUU